UAACCCACAAAACUCUCCUGUCCGAACCAGUUUUUGUUGAUUUUCUUCGAAAGACAAAACAUUGAAAAGUAUAGAAAGACUUGACACCUUCUCUCUUUAACCUCUCUGCCUUGAAACAAAAACCUAAGGCAGAGAGGAGGAGAUUCAUUCUUUCUCUCCCAAACAAAAGAAAAACAAAACGCGGAAAAUGGCGUUUCAAGACUUUGAUAAGAUCCAAGAACGUGUAAACGCAGAACGCAAACGCAAGUUCAGAAAGAGGGUAAUAGCCGGAUCCGUUUCGUUUCUUGUUGUUGUUGCAGCCAUCAUCGGAGGAGCUUUUGCUUAUGUAUCAUACCAGAAGGGGAACAACAUCAGCAACAACGGCAACACCGAAAGCAAAAACACGAACCAGAAAUCGCCCGUUUCCGCAACGCAAUCCAUCAAACACGUCACAUUCGAUAAGAUCGUUGAAACGCUCUGCAAUUCUACGCUUUACAAGCAAAACUGUGAGAAAACGCUCAAAGAUAAAGCGAAGAACGAUACCUCUUUGUCUAACCCUAAAGCUCUCGUGAAAUCUGCUAUCGAAGCUGUGAACGUGGAUCUUGAUAGGGUCUUGGAGAAGUUCCCAAGUCUCAAGAUCGAGAACGAGGAUGAUAAACACGCGAUAGAGCAGUGUAAGUUGCUUGUGGAGGACGCGAAGGAGGAAUUGGCCGAGUCCGCGAGCAAAAUGAACGACACAAACGUCGGGAACUUUGAAAGGAUCGUCCCUGAUUUGAACAACUGGUUAAGCGCCGUCAUGACGUACCAGGAGACAUGUCUUGAUGGUUUUGAGGACGGAGAACUGAAAUCCGAUAUUCAGAAGAGUUUCAAUUCUUCUCAGAUUCUAACGAGCAACUCUCUCGCGAUGAUCAAGUCGUUAGAAGCGUAUCUUUCCUCGGGUUCUAAGGCUCCAAUCCGUCGUCUUCUUGAAUCAAAGUCCUCUGAUCGAAUUCCGUCAUGGGUUAGCCAUGAGGAAAGGCGAAUGCUGAGGGUAGUGGACGUUAACCUUCUCAAACCGAACGCCACUGUCGCCAAGGAUGGCAGUGGAAAUUUUACAACUAUUAACGACGCGCUCAAUGCAAUGCCUGAAAAGUAUGAAGGAAGGUACAUUAUCUACAUCAAGCAAGGAGUUUACGACGAAACCGUGACUAUAGAUAAGAAGAAGGCUAAUCUUACAAUGGUUGGUGAUGGAUCACAGAAGACGAUCGUUACGGGAAACAAAAGCAACGCGAAGAAAAUUCGCACUUUCCUCACCGCAACAUUCGUCGCACAAGGAGAAGGGUUCAUGGCACAAUCCAUGGGGUUCAGGAACACAGCGGGACCCGAGGAACACCAAGCAGUAGCGAUACGUAUACAAUCCGACCGUUCGAUCUUCCUAAACUGUCGUUUCGAAGGCUAUCAGGACACGUUAUACGCAUACACGCACCGUCAAUACUACAGAAGUUGUGUUAUAAUCGGAACGGUCGAUUUCAUAUUCGGAGAUGCGGCUGCGGUUUUCCAGAACUGCAACAUUUUCAUCAGGAAAGGGUUAAAAGGGCAGAAGAACACUGUAACGGCUCAAGGGCGGAUCGACAAGUUCCAAAUGACGGGUUUCGUGAUCCAAAACUGCACAAUUACCGCAAAUGAUGAUCUGAAACUCGAGAAAGGUGAGUUCCAGAGCUUCUUAGGACGACCUUGGAAGAAAUACUCGCGAACCGUCGUGAUGGAAUCCACCAUAGAUGACGUGAUUGAUCCCAUUGGAUGGUUGAGAUGGCAAGAAACUGAUUUCGCCAUCGAUACACUUUUUUACGCCGAGUUCAAGAACGACGGAGUGAGCGGAGAAACCUCUUCGAGAGUUAAAUGGCCUGGAUUCAAGGUUAUGAGCAAGGAAGAGGCAUUGAACUACACUGUGGGACCCUUCUUACAAGGAAGUUGGAUCAAUUCCAUGAGUUGUCCAGUUAAGUUCGGUCUUUAUGAACUUUGAAUGAGAAGAAAUGAAAAUGAACUUGUUUCUUGUGGAACAAGUAAGGUGGUUGUUAAAAAAAAUGUUAGAUGAUAGUUGAUGAGCUAAUUAAAGAAACAUAAUUGAAGUCUUAAUGAGUAAAUAUUGCGAUUAACCAGUUUGUUAUUACUUAGAAUUUUGUUACACAACAACAAAGCUCGGGAUCUGUCUAAACCAAAACGGAAUUUCUUGAUUAUGGUUGGUUAA